AUGCCGAAGCGCGAUAAAAGUGUCUCCUUCCCGUGCAUAAAAAUAAACAAAGGUGUCUCCAUCAACAAGAAGUUACGGCUGGCCAUUGAGUCCGCGCUUCAAAUUAAUCAUCCAAGAGACGAAUCAUCUCAAUUGGAGGUGCAACGUAAAAUUGACUUCGAACUCAUCAAGAAGAACAUUGAAGAGCACAGGUGCACAAGUUUGAGUCUCAGGGUAGUUUCCGACACAACAGGUACGGUUAUUGGUCCAUUUACCUUCGUGUGCGGUGAUACUCCACAUGAAUGUUCUUCGAGUGCCGAGAAGAUCCCAUCUUGUGAGUUUAUGGCCGAUACUAGGUUCAACAAUUGUAAGGCAUCCUUCAUCUUAUUGGUUGAGAAAAAUACAGUGUUACAUGAUUUAGCCCAAGCGAAUUUUCAUGAGAAUGCUAAAUGCAUUAUGGUGAGCGGCCAAGGAUAUGGUGAUGGAUCAACCAAGGUAUUCUUGAAAAAGCUUCAUCGUGAGUUAAGGAUUCCGAUAUUAGCCAUUGUCGAUUGCAAUCCGUAUGGGCUUCAAAUACUUUUUGAUUACAAAUAUGGUUCGGCUAACUCAGCAUUUGAUAGCGUUAACUUAGCUAUCAAAGACAUUAGAUGGUUGGGAGUGAGGCCUUUAGAUUUAGAAAAAUACAAAAUUGAUGUGGAAGACAACAAAUUCACAGGUCGUGCUGUCUCUAUGGCAAAAGGCUUUUUGGAACAAGAUUUUGUGAAGAUGGACGACAAUUGGGUUUGUGAGAUAGAAAAGAUGUUGGAGAUCGGAAACAGCGUAAAUAUUGAAAGAUUGCACACCAAAGGGAUUGACUUUUUGUCAAUGAAAUUCUUGGCGGAAAAACUAGAGUCAAAGGAUUGGAUAUAG